GUGAAUGAAUGAAUGAAUGAAUGAAUAAUGAGUGAUGCGGUGCUAAUCAGGCCUUCACGCCCUCGGCACACCCCCAUCGAUCAACACAUACGGCCCUCAGCUCUAGUCAUUCGACAUUGGAGGCCGCAUCAUUGAAUGAUCUAACCUUCACGGAAGAAAUAUGGAUUAAAACGGUUCAGCGACGUGGCGGGUGGUGACCUUGGCGAGCCAGCGAGCGAGCGAGCGAGUGAGCAGAGCAAGUUUGAUGCCUUUCUUCUUGACAAAAUUUGCCAAAUCCUCGCAUAGUUUGCCGCGAUUCCCCUUCAAGAAGCGGAAGAACGUCGACGCCACCGCAUUUCAGGAGGCUGCUCCAGCCCCCGUAGUCCCCCAGACGCCCGGCGAGCCUCCCCCGCCCUUCAAGGCCACACAGGCUACCCCAGCCUCUCAGUCAUGCCUGGCCGACAAAUAUAGCACGCCCAGCGGGACCGCCGGGGAGACGCCGUCCCAUGUCCCAGACUGGGUUCCGUCCACCGGCACAGUGGAACCGGGCGGCGGGCCCACCCCCGCCACGGCCUCAACGGCCACGUCUAAGGCCACGUCUAAGGCCACGUCUAAGGCCACGUCUAAGGCCACGUCUAAGGCCACGUCCAAGGCCACGUCCAAGGCCUGGCAUAGCACCAUGUUGGACUCCCUGAGCAAAACCAUGAGUCGGAGCGGCCUGAAAAUGGCCGCUGCCGCCUCCAAUACCUUAAGCUCGACCUCGAGUUUGGGCUCGGCCUCCAUUUUGGGCGGGCACGCCUCCUCCUCGACGGCCUCGCACCGCAGUCUGAGCGCCAAUGUGGUGUUUCUGGACGGGACGGCGCAGAUCUUCGAGGUGGACAAACGCGCCAAGGGGCAAGUCCUGUUGGAUUUGGUGCACGCCCACUUGGAGCCCAUUGAGCGGCAGUACUUUGGCUUGCUCUUCAACGACUCGGGGGCCGUGAUCAUGCCACAGGGCCACGCCCCGGAUGUGAUGCGUUGGCUGGACCCGGAGAAGCCCAUUCGGAAACAAAUGAGGGCACUGGGUGGGGGCAGUCGCCUCAAUGGGGGCUUGGCCACGCCCAUCCUGUACUUCCGGGUCAAGUUCUACGCCACGGACCCCACGCGGUUCAUCGAAGACAACACCCGCGAGCACAUGUACCUGCAAGUGAAGCGAGACCUUCAGGAGUGUCGACUCACGGCCCCGAUCUCCAGCCUCUGCAUGUUGGCCUCGUAUUCGGCCCAAGCCAAGUGCGGAGAUUUCGACGAUCACGACGCCUCCCGCAAAGAGGGAUUAAUGGAAUUCCUUAACUUGCGGGAUAGCAACAAUCAACCUCGACUUUCACACACCCAUUCCUUGGACUUGAACGAGAUCCACCACAAAGUGACGGAACUGCACAAACUCCACCGAGGACAAACUAGGGCGGAUGCCAUUUCACGGUUCUUGAAGUAUGCCACGCGCCUAGACAUGUACGGGAUUGCCAUUCAUCACGGCAAGGACUCCAGUGGCAAGGACAUUCAGCUCGGAGUCACCUCCAUGGGUCUAGUGGUGUUCCAGAACCAGGUCAAGAUCAACACGUUCAGCUGGAGCAAGAUUGUCAAGAUAUCCUUCAAGCGCAAGCAAUUCUUCAUCCAACUGAAGCGCGAGCUCUCGGAAGACUACGAUACCUUACUGGGCUUCAAUCUGGCCUCCUACCGCUCGUGCAAAAACCUGUGGAAAUCCGCCGUCGAGCACCACGCCUUCUUCCGGCUGUCCUCGGCCAACUACAGCCCCAAACAGCCCAAACGGGCCAUCUUUCCCUCGCUGAGCGCCCGUUUCCGGCAAAGCGGUCGCUCGCGCACUGGCCUCCAGCCCCCCGAACCCUCGGCCCCGGCCAGCUUCUCGCGCACCCUCCCAGCUCGCAAGACCUUGCCCUUGAGUCUGGAGAUCGCGAACCGCCGAGAUGGCAGCAUGCCUCGUUUGGCCUCGCCCGAGACGUCCAGCAUCGGUUCGUCCGUGCACAGUCAUGGCGGCAAGCUCAAGCCGUCGGCGCCCGCGUUGGUCAGCUUGAAGCGCGGCUCGGUCGACGCCAACUCCAUGACGGCUAGCUCCUCUUCCCUGGCCCAUCGGGCCUUUGAGAGCCUGAAUAACAAAGUGCAAUCCUUCAGUACCAAGCUCCCAAAGAAGGCUUGGGAAGAAGAGACCGAUGGGGUCGACCGGCCUGAUCGCGCAGCCUUACAUUCAGAUGACGAAGGGGGAUUCCUCGACCCUGCGCGAAGAAUCUCGUCCCUGGGUCGUCUGUCCACCUCGUCCUCCUCAACAGUGCCCAAAAGCGGGUCCAAUCACGUGGGUGACACACCUCACGGAUUCGGAACCGGUCCGGCACGUCCUGGAAUAGAAACCGGAUUCUCGAUACCGGCCACGUCCACACCCAUCAAAGGCCACCACCCACCCACGGGCUUGGCUCGCGAAGCUCGUGAAGCUCGUGGACCCCCCUCAAGCUUGCCCUUCGGGAUCAACCGAUUUCCGUUCGCUGACGAAUCGAGUGUGUCGGGCCAAAGUAGUGCCAGCCAUCAGACCGCCCUCUCGGCUUCCCCUUCAGUUGGAGCGGUCAAGUCUGCUGCCAACGGCCACGCCCUGAUUGCCCAGCGAGCCCUGGGAGGCGGAAUUACCCCGGCCGGAAGUGGCGCCCUCCAGCUUUCUCAGCACCCUCUCACCAAAGAAGACGCGUCCUCCUGCUCGACUUCAUCCACGAUCUCAAUCAGCAACGGCGGUCAACCCGGCUCAUUGAAUCCGACUCAAGUGCGUUCGAUCUCCACCCACGCCUCCGCCCCUUUUUGUUCGCCACGCCUUAGCCACGGUGGAUGUGCCAGUGGGGGCGAGGAGGACUCGGGCGAGGGUCUAGUUCAGAUCAUUAUUCGGCCGGAUGAGGAUGGGAGGUUUGGGUUCAAUGUGAAAGGUGGGGCGGAUCAGAAAACCCCCAUCAUUGUGUCCAAAGUGGGGUGCAACACCCAAGCUGAUAAGUGUUUCCCCAAACUCAAUGAAGGCGAUCAGGUAGUAUUUAUCAACGGACGAGAAGUGUCUGGACACACCCAUGAGCAAGUGGUCAAUUUCAUUCGGGCCUCGCGGGAACCUCAUUCCGGAGAACUUAUUCUGGCUGUGAAACAGAAUGUCUACAUGGGAGAAGAGGUAGAGGAACCAGAAUUCCAAUAUGUUCCGGAGAGAACCUCUGAGGGUUCAAUGGGUGGCGGCAAUGGGCCCUCCCAGCACGGCACCCGCGCUAGCUCGGAUCUGGGCGUGUCAGAGCGUGUUCCCGAGGGAGCGCACAAGGCCCUAUCUCAGUCCAUGCUUCUGCUCGCCGAGAGCACCGAAUCCAACGCUGUCUUCGGGCAGUUUGAGCAGCUCUCCAGGAAGAAUCCCUCCUUGGCCAUGUCGCUGUGCCACGCUCCGUCCAAUCUCGAUAAGAAUCGAUACCGCGAUAUAUCGCCCUACGACGUGACUCGUGUCCUGCUCAAGCAGUGUCCCUCGGGCGACUACAUCAAUGCCAACCACGUGGACAUGACCAUCCCCGGCUCGGGCAUCAUCAAUCGAUAUAUCGCCACUCAAGGGCCCCUGAGCACCACCAGUGCCGACUUUUGGUACAUGACGUGGGAGGCCCAAUCCACGCUGAUCAUCAUGCUGACCACCAUUGUGGAGCGGGGCCGGGUCAAGUGCCACAAGUAUUGGCCAGACAUGGGCGAGACGUUGCGCUUUCCCGGCGGGCUCGAGGUCAAAUGCACGCGGGACACACAACAAGGCAGCUUCGCAUUCCGCGACUUCCAGCUCUGCAUGACCAAGCCCAAGAAAUCUGCGGCGAGCAAGAAGCACCGAUUAGCCCGGAAGAAGCAGAAGACCAAGGCCAAGAAGAACAGCCCCUCGUCCUCGACCACGUCCUCAUCCCACUCGACCUCCUCCUCCUCGUCCUCGCCGUCGUGCUCAACGGCAUCCAAUUCCGAGGGCGAGGAGAGUAGCGGGGAUGACCUUGAGGAGGAAGUGAGACAGGUCAGCCAAAUGGCCUACUUGAGCUGGCCGGAUCAUGGCGUGCCCGAGAGUCCCGACGAGUUCAUUCACUUCGUGGAGCAAGUGCGGACCCAUCGCCAGGGAUGCUUUGAGCCCACGAUCGUUCAUUGCUCGGCCGGGAUUGGCCGCACGGGCGUGCUCAUUCUAAUGGAGACGGCCAUGUGCCUGAUCGAAGCCAAUCAAGCCGUCUACCCGUUGGAUUUGACGCGGCAAAUGAGAGAUCAGAGGGCCAGCAUGGUUCAGACUGGGAUCCAGUACAAAUUCGUUUGCGAGGCCAUCCUCCAAGUGUACAAAAGUGGGCUCGUUAAGCCUCUGCCGGAAUUUUGUCAGCCCCUCGUACCAAACAGCGCCAACAGUAAACCACCCAUUUCAUAGUGCGACAGUGAAUAUCAAUCAGUCAGUGUAUGUACUUCUAUUCCUUCCGUUUUGUGGGUCGACCGCACAAAAACAAACGUCACCCCAAAUUCAUCCUUCCAACCUUUUUCAUCACCAUAUCCAUUGCCACCUUGAUCAACUAACUCAUGUUUUAAUAUUAUUCAUCUAAUAUUGAUCGACUUCCACUACUACAUACGGCCAUCGCUUUGUUCCGACGACGACUUCAACCAAACCUAUCUGGCUAAUUGUUACCAACCAUCCGCGACCUUCACCAUAUCCAGGGACAGGUUCGCCGUCUCCUCCUCAUUUCUACCGAAUGGAUGAUAAACCGAAUCGAUCAUGAUGAUUUCCAAUCCUACAGGAGACAAACCACCCAAUCAUACACACACACACACCAAUUGGUGGGUAACACGAUACCAAAUUGUGCCGUCAAAUUGAUUUCUGAACUCGGUUUGUCUGUACAAAGACACCACCCGACCGACGACCUGUAUGAGUAGCUCCAUGAAAUACAUUCUAGACCCAAACAUA